AUGGAUAUCUCCGCCGCCGCCUCUGAUCCCAGCAUGCCUGAACACCACAUCGUCAAGGCCGAUGAGAUGGACCAAACCGGCACGGAUAUCACUCCCGUCUCAGAUGAGCAAUUGAUGGAGCAGGUCGAGGAGGGUCCGCGGCACGAGCAGGCCUCCUCUGCCGCACCUGAGACGAUACCCUCUCAGUCUCCCUCUCAGCCGGAGCCGAUCGCCAAACGACCCGGGCUUCGACGAGAGGGGUCAGCCCCUCCACCGCCAUUACAGCCUCCCCCCCCAGCACCUGUUCAACAGAAUUCGGACCGGCCAACGGACUCAUUAAGCUUGGCUCAGCUGCGGAAUCUAGUCCACGAGAUGCCGAAGGUGGAACAACCGGCCUAUGCGUUCGAAUAUGCCGAUUCCCAGCCAUUUCCAGACGAGCUGGAGGAGUGGUUCCAGUACAAUGAGUUCGAUCGUGUGAUGCUGAUGGGCAUGAAAGCGACCUUCGACAGGCAAUGGAGUGCAUUCUGUCCGCCAAAUACUUCGGGAACCAGUGGGCAGUCAUGGGUAGAUGUCUCCGAGGAUAUUCGACGAACGUUCAUGACGCGCUCUUUGGAUCAUUUGAAACAUGCGGAUGUUUCUGUGCGUCUGGAAGCCCUCGAGAAUAUCUGCUAUGCUGUCACCGGUGUAUGGGGUGUGACAGCAGGGCGAGCUGUAUCGGAAUAUCCCGCAAACAUGGACACCCAGUCAGCAACCGAGACACCGCGGUCAAAAUCGCUACAAAUUGCGUGGAUUGAGAAGAAUGUUGCACUUUUCCAGCAAUGUUCUGGCAUCUCGGUGUUGACUUUGAGACUUUCCCACUUGUUCGAUAAGAAUCGUGCUACUCUGGGUCCCGACACAGAUGGUAUUGAGUUUGAACGGCUUAACCCAGGCGAUAUUGCCGCUCCAGAGCGCGAAGCCAAUUUGGUGCUUACUUUGCUCUAUUUCGCAAUUGAAGUCGGCCGACGGCAGGAAGCUCGAGAUCCAGCGAAUACUUCGAUUCGCGAUGCUCUUGCUGAGUCCAAUCCGUGUUUGCUCGUCACUAUUGUUGAGAUAAUUGCGCGUUUGCGAUGGGAUGAAUCCGCCAAUAUACCUCUUACGAGAAUUAUUCUCUUGCUGUGGAAGGCUAUUCUUCUUGUCUUCGGUGGCAGCGAUCAAUUAAAGAGGGCGAAGGCAGUGCUGGAGCCAUCUUUGAUAUCUGAAGAGGAUGCUGCAAAGCGAAGAACACCUUUCCUGACAGCGAAGCCCCUCGAUUACCAUCUUUUUCGCCAGGAGAUUACAUCGAAAUACCCUGCCUACAAUCCUCCUCCCCCUAAUGUCCCUUUAGAGAUUGAUAACAGUUCAAUUCUACCACCUCUCCCGCAACAUCCAAACAGGAUAAACCCCUCAAAUGGUAUUUUCUGCGGAGUUGGCCCAUCUAUCGCCGGCAGAAAUGGCUCCAUUCUCCAACAAGCCGUUCAUAUUGCGACCCCAGCGCCGUCUCCACCACCAUCACCCAUUGGCCCUGGAGGAAAGGCCGGCAAGAAACAGAACUACCAGACUAAUCAGAACUUCCCGCUCAUGUAUCCCCCUUUGGAUGAUACCAGCAACCGUAUCGGCGGAAAGGGCACGACAGAACGGCAGGAUGUGUUGGUGGGCAAGCGAUGGGAGGGUAGUGAUGUGCCCGCAUCCGUCAUCGAAGCCGGGAAACUUUUCUCCACACAUGUUAAGAUGACCCGGGCGAUGCAGCAGCUGUGGAACGAGCGUGAGAAUUUCAUGAAAUAUGACCGGGGUUGGAAUUUUGACCAGGCUCAGCGAGUUCCUGAUUUUCCGCCGCUCGACGAUACGACUGGCGACCUGGAAAGGUUGGACCUGUCAGAUAGCGAGGCCAGACCUCAUACGAAAGAAACGGAGGAUCCAGAUAUACAGCGACGGCUGGAUGCAGUGGAAGGGUUUUACGCUCAUACCUUGGCCCAUCUCCAAUCCAUCACAAUUGUCUUCCUGAAGAUAAUUCUGACGAAUGUCAGUGCUGUGGUCAACCAGGCAAAUUCCCAAAGCUCUCAGACUAUGAGUAAUGGACAUGGAAUCAAUGGAUCCUCUGGAGACAUAUUCGCUGAUACGUCUAUUGACGAGCUGGAUAAUAUACGGCUGCGAGAAAUUACUGGCAAAGCCGUAUCGGGGACUUUACUUCUCCUGUUGAAGUGGUUUAAGCGAUCUCAUAUUCUUAAAUUUGAAUAUAUGACCCAAUUGCUACUUGACUCGAACUACUUGCCUCUGAUUUUAAAGAUGUUCGCCCAUCAAGAUGUCGACCACGCCGUGGCGCAGAAGAAUGACCGUGAAGAUUUGGCCUUCUUUCAUUUCUGCAGCGAACAAUCCGAUCAUGCAUCGGAGACUCAACAGCCGGGCGACGGUGACACCGAGAGUGAGGAUGAAGCCGUCCCACCUCCAAUCUCCCGCCACCGUCCCAACUUGAAUACCGGUAGCAGUUCUUUCCAGGGACCUACUCCAGAAGACACCAUUUCGGAUACGCUUGACGGUCCGACACGCCCUGAGGUUGAUGAGCUAGGUUAUCCCACGGCCCCUCUGCCCAAGCAGCCUAUCACUGUAUUCUCCUUCCGCAACUUCUUUUCCGCCAUCAACUACCUGCACAUUAUGCAGAAGAUUACUCGCGACAAGGCACAUCGCUGCCUUCUCCUCGUGCAGUACAAGUCAAGCACGAUCCUCCGCAAAGGUCUUAAGAUCCCCGACCCUCAUCUUCGAUUCUACACCCUCAAACUUUUCAAGUCGCAAGUACCCUACUGCGGCCGUAAAUGGCGUCAGAGCAACAUGCGCGUCAUCACCGCUAUUUACCUGUACUGCCGACCGGAGCUUCGUGAUGACUGGCUCGCCGGUUCGGAUGUGGACGCUGAAGUAGAAGAAGCUUUGCCUCUCGAGCAGGCGCUCCGUGGAUUGACGCACUGGUGGCAUCUACGCCAGUAUAAGGAUGUAAUGGCUGGGCCCGAGGGCGCCGCCAUGAUGGAAAACGAGCGUGAUUUCUUUGUUCGCGAGUUGGAGUCUAUGGGCUGGGGGUUUGCUGAGGAAAUGGUCGGCGACGACUCGGAUCCGACCAACCAUCUGGCGAACGGGACCGAGUGGGAGAGCGGCCAAAUGCAGGUGGAGGGUAGCUGGACGCAAUGA